CACUCUAACAUAUGUUAGAUAGCUAAAUAUGAGUCCCUAACCCUAAUUUUUUCAGGCCCUAAUAUUUGCCCUGAUCCAUCGAGUGGGCAAGGUAUCAUGACUCGGCACACAAUCAAGUGGGUUUCAUCAAAAUUUAACAGCCGCGACGGCUUUUGAUUGGUCAAAGUCUUUCCGUUAUCGAGUAAAAGCCGUAUGGAUUGUGAACAUGUCUGGUACUCCCCUACUCGGCACUUCUUCACAACUGCGGAUAAGAAUAUUCACAACUGUGGACGACGAGAGAGGGAGAGAUGGCACUUCGUGCAGGCCACGUUUACGCAUCUACUUUGAAGCAUGAGAAUAUGUAUAAGCCACGACUGUCCAUCAAUCGGAGAGUUAGUUUACGAGUCACUGCAUUUGCCAGCAGCGCCAGGGAACUGAUAGAAUCCGGUGCUGUCCGAUCAAUAUCACCGAAGGAUGCUGUGUCGAUCAUGAAUUCCGAGGGCUUCCAACUUCUCGAUAUCAGACCAGUGUGGGAAAGGGAGAAGGCAUAUGUAUCUGGAUCUUUACAUGUGCCACUUUUUGUGAUGGACACGGACAACAGUCCAAUUACCCUGCUGAAGAAAUGGGUUCACUUUGGCUACAUUGGUCUGUGGACAGGCCAGUACUUCACCACAACCAACCUCGAUUUUCUCCGUCAGGUCGAGGAGGCAGUUCCUGAUAAGGAGGCUAAGCUUCUUGUGGCAUGUGGAGAAGGGUUAAGGUCCAUGAUGGCCGUCGUAAGAUUAUAUGAAGGAGGGUAUCGGAACUUAGGUUGGUUGGCUGGAGGGUUCAACCGAGCCGGAGAUGAUGAUUUUCCUGCUGUUGAAGGGGCUGGCAAACUGCAAUAUGCCACAAUAGGAGGCGUGUCAUACUACUUCCUUCAAUUACUCCUAUUCUUGCAAGCUGUCGAGAUAAGAUUUCGAAGGCGGAAUGGACAAAUGACAUGUAUAAGCUGGAACAAUUGGAAUGACAUAAGGAUAACGCUGUCCUUGUUCAAAUUGCCUAGUACAAUCAACAUUGCCAGUCCUCAUGUGGAGCAAUUUGGUAUUGGUUGAGAUAUUGGAUUCAUGCAGCUCAGUUAUACAAGGAUGGAGAUGAUAGAAGAUAAAUUGCACCAGUAGAUGCAUAUUCAGUCCUGUAAAUAACUUAAGGAUAUAGAUAUCCAUUCAAUUUAUUUAAUAUUUGGUUUCUAUCUUUGAUUAAAAUGCUGUAUCCUGGAAUGAAUUUCAUGCUAGAUUUUUUUUUUAAUUUAUUGGAAAUAGAAACAACUUAAAUUUGCUUUAUGCUGUUUUGAAUACCAGAGGUUGAUAUGUGGGAAAAGAAUAAACUGUUUGCAUCAAUUUGGUUAACUAAAUCAUAUUUGAUUUAUGUUUUCUUACUUUACAUAUGCAUCUUAUGUCUAACCAUCAAAUUAAGAAUUGAUUUUUUAAAAUUUUACCAAAUGAAAUUGUGUUUAUUCGGAUUUUUUACACAGUUUUUGAAAUGACCUAUGUUGGCAAUCAUUCUGGAUGGUGCCACCUAAUUGUAAGGUGGAUGAUUCAUAGUUCUCUUUGAAUAUAGGAUUUUAAGAAAAUAAUUUUGGCCGAAGUCAUGAUGUUGAUGCUAUUUCUAUCAGUGGACUGGAUUUUGAUCCAAAUCUUGUCCAACUAAGGUAGAUUUAGAGCACCCAUUAUGAUUUUGGGACGUUAGACCUUAAUUUGGUUCUUAAGUACAUUUGAUGUUUGGAUCAACCUUAGAUCCAAGUUGAUUCGAGAGAAAAAAAAGACGAUUUGAUAAUAUAUACAAUAAUAAGACAAUAAUACCCUUUCCAUUUGCCAUUUUAUACUCACUAUCAUCAAUGGAUAUUAUUACUAAAUAGAAACCUAAAGUUGUAAUUAAGACAGUGUAUAUAAUAUCUUUAUGCUCCUCUUACUUAAAUAAAGGAAGCCUAACCCUAAAAUGGAACCAAGUCACUCAACUCUUCCUCUCCCUCUUCCUCUUCUCCUUUCCUUUGGAGUAUAUAUCAAGAAAAAUUAAAAGACCGUCGCACCGGCAGGUACAAAUUUGAUUACUCAAAAAUCGAUACAUGAAGAUAUAUGUUCAAAUUCAGUUUAUUGAACCUUUAGUUUUGAUGUGAACAAGAUGCUAGAUCCUGGACUAUAUUUAUACUUUUAUCUGGUUUACAGCUUCAAUCUAGAGAACUUUUACAUACAUAUAAAUUAGUCAGUGAUGAACAAUACCAUUUCAAUUGUUCCAGUUGAUUAUAUCUUUGAUGUUUUAUGUUGUGAUGUUUUACAUAUCUUAUUUUAUUACCAUAUUUUCUAUCCAUAUAUUUACAACAAUAAGUGGUUGUUAAGAUUGCAUAUGGUUGACGAUUUAUUUGGGAUGAUUACAGUAUGUAGCCAUCCAUUGUUAGUAUGGAUCUAUAGUGGUUUUUUGUCAAAAGGGUUUUGUAAACCUUGUCAUUUUGGUUAGAGUCAUGAAGUAGAAAAUAUGCUUGUGAAUAUUUUGAUUUGAAUCAUAUCCUAGUUCAGUGUAACUAAGGUGGAUCUUAGUUUGAUUAUGAAUACAAAAGAUUAGAUUUGGAUUUGCUUUUCAAAGCCGUUUAGCCAUUAUAUUGAACUCAAAUAUAAGCUGAUUUGAUCCAAUAGAAAUCAUAUUCAUUAUUAAGAUGUAAUGUAAUGUACCUCUUUCAUUCUAUGUUUUUAUACCUACUAUCAUUAAUGAUCUAAUUGAUGCAGUUAGCGAGCAGAAGCCUUAAAUUGUAUUUAGUGUGGAUGUAGGAAAACGAAGCCGAAGUCAUGUUAAAUGAUAAUUUCCCCCCUUUCUUUCUUUCUUUCUUUUAUAGUUCUUCUCUAAGAGACUAGAUAGGGCUCCUUUCAUUGUUUGCAUCUUUCAAGGGAAUUUCUCAUCUACCACUAUAUGCCACAGUUUAUCUUUUAAUGGAAUAAGUAGCUAGUGGAUCCUCUA